GAAGUACUUUGGAUCCAUACCGUGUGGAACAAUAAACCGUUGUUACGACUGGCUUGCGUGCCCUUGAACUACACAGCCACACUCCCACGUUCUCGGUUGUGGGUGCAUAUGUGCGAAGCUUGAAAACAACACGGCGCCGAGGAAACUUGUUGCUCAACCGCUUUUUUUUGUUUUCCUAUCCAUCAUCUCGUGUUUCCCUAGCAGCUAUUGUCUUCAUGUGAUGUCUAUGCAUGUUGCCGUGUUGCUUGAUUUACACCGUCUUUGUUCUAUGUCCGGGUUAUCUACCAGAGACGCUCGCCGCUUAGUAGGGAAUGAGGAAUUGGGCUAUAAGAACCCAUGCAAGUGCACACCGACUCUAACAAUCAAUCUUUACCACUUAUCUCACAUCUUUCACAUUACCUUACAAGUCUCUAUCAUGACUGACAUCGGUUCUGAUAUAACUAUCAUUGGCAAAGGCGGUCUGACUCUCUUGAAGUGGUACAGCGAUGGUUCACCGAAGAAAUCCGCUGAGGCUGGGGAUGCUGCAUUGUCUGCAGGUCUUCGAGAAGUACAUGGCAAAAGGGACAUCAUAUUGUUGGAUGACAAGAAGGCGUUGAUGAAGGAAUACAGAUCAGGACACGAAGUAGGAGAUGGUUUGGAAGCCAAACUAGACAGAAUUUCUCACUACCGAUUCCACCGGCGAAUUGUUGAGAAACACAAGCUUCGUUCUGAAGGGUUCAGUUAUCUCAACAAAGCAGAGAAAUUCCGAAAGACGGCAAUUAGAACUUCAGAUCAGGCACUGCUACGCAUUCUUGAAGACGAAUCAGCUUCGGUCAAUGGAGUUGCGUUAGACAACACUAAUGAAUUACUUGAUGAAUCACCAUUCGAUUCUCAUUUCAACGUGAAUGAACCAGGUCUGACAGAUGACGACAGAGUGAAUGAACUGGAAAAUGACAUCGGUGAGGCUUUAUUGGCAGCUGGCAACGUCAUUAGUGCAUGAUUCUUUCGACAACGAUUAGCUCGGCACCUUUCAUGUUCUGACAGUUAUCUAUCCCGGACAUGUAUUUAUCGAGAGUGGCUCAUGACAAAGGCUCAGUUUCGUGAAGUAAUAAUCGCUCUAUGUAACGUGUUACAAUAAAUGCCUUUGUCGUACC